AUGGCUCCGGUGUGUACAUGGCAAAAGGCGGAUAUCGGAACGAUAUGUGCAGAGGGGAAGAAAUUGGUGGCAUUUGUAGCAAAGGAAAUCAGGAAGAGCGAUUCACAAUGUGUUAUGCAGCUCAAUGUGUUUGGCAGGAAGUGGAGCGUAGAAGUGGGUCGGCCAAUGUACACAGACGUGGAUUUCUUGGAAGACGACAGUGAAGUGUACGAGAAGAUGCAGGAACAUCUGUUGUGGGGUGGAAUGUAUCUGGCGUACCUUCAAGGGUCCAUUUGUGCCAUUAUUGAUCAUGGGGAAUAUUAUGCGUUUGUUGAUAGUGGCACACGUAGCGCAUCAGGGUUAACAGCAGGCAUUGGCUCGCCUGUGGCUGUGUUUAACACAUGCCUCAAUGACCUGAUGCUUCACAUCAGGAAUUUGAAGAAGUCGUUGAAUGUCAAUUGGAUUGGCAUUGGUUACAUGUCUGUGAAGGAGAUGGCUGAUGGUGCUUCAAAGGAGGUCGCAGAAGAACAAGGUGGCAGAAAAGAGAGUCACAGUGAAAGGCACAUGGAGUUAGUGGGAAAAGAAUAUGCUUCAAUGUCCGAGUAUAUUGAGAAGUUGCAGAUGAAGAAAGUUGGAAAUUGUGCAUCAGAUGUAGAAAUUCAGGCAACAGCAAAUGCUUUGGGAAUAGACAUAUUUACAUACAGUGGUGAGAAAUGGGUCAAUUACAGGUGCACGAGUAAAAUGUUGACGGAUGAAGGCAUAUACUUGAAAUGUGGUAAUAAUAAUCAUUUUGAGCCAGUUGUUUGUGUUCAACAUGGUGAUAAAGAGGUUUGCUUUGAUUUGUGCAAAGUGGGUAAUUCAAGCGAUUCAUCGUACAUACGCAGAAGGAGGGCAAGAGUAGAGGCAGAGAUUACUGCAACUAUCAGUAGUUCAAAUAUUGAUUAUCUUGUUUCAAAGUAUGUGAAAAGUAAGAAAACUAUCCAGAAGAUGAUGAAAUAUAAGAGCAUUUUUUCACAUAGGAAGAUGGCUAAGACGAUGAGUAGUGAAAAAUACCAGGACAGUGUUUUCUUUAGAGAGAAUGUUAAAAAAAUGAGCAUAGCAAAAUAUCAGAAAAAUGUGUCAUUUCAGGAGAAAGUAAAGAAGAUGAGUACAAGAAAAUAUCAGGAAAAUGUGUCAUUUCGGGAGAAAGUUAAGAACAUGAGUACAAGUAAAUACCGUCAAAAUAAAAUACACAGGCAGAAUGUAAAGUCCAUCAGUAGAAGGAAGUAUUGUGUAAAUCCAGAGCAAAAGAAGCGUGUUACAGAAGGUAACAAAAUGAGGAGGAAACAAACAAGAGAAAGGGGAGAGAAGUUUAAUGUCUUUAUGCAGCAGUUUUUGGAGAAAGUAAGGAAUAGGCCAGAGUUUGUGUGCAGUGUUUGCCAUCGAUUGCUGUUUAGUCAUCAGGUUUUGCAGUGUGAAAGAGAUCAUUAUAAGAAGAGGAAUGAUGUAGCUUUGAUAGCAGAUAAAUGUGUUACGGAAGACUAUUUACACAACUGUAAUGAGGACUGUGUAAUGAAUUGUGAGAGGUUGGUUACAGCUAGAGGUCAGCUGUGGGUAUGUUACACAUGCCAUUAUGAAAUUAACAAAGGACAAAUGCCACCAGAAAGUGUAAAGAACAAUUUAGGAGUAGAUGUCAUUCCAGAAGAAUUGGCAUGUUUGAAUAGCUUAGAGCAACAUUUGAUAGCUUUACAUAUUCCUUUUAUGAAAAUGUUAGCGUUACCUAGAGGCGGACAGAAUGGAGUACAUGGACCGGUGACCUGUGUUCCAGCGAAUAUUGUACAGACCAACAAUGUGCUACCUCGCUCCAAUAUGGAGGGGUCAUUGUUGCCUGUAAAGUUAAAGCGUAAAUUGAUGUAUAAAGGGCAUUAUGAAUAUCAGUACGUUGACAGUAUGCACGUAAGGCAAGCGUUGCAAUUUUUAAAAGAGACAAAUCUGCAUUAUGGAGAUAUAGAGUUUAAUGAAGCUUGGCUAAAUGAGUUUUGUAGGGAAGAAGAUGAUGAGGUUGAAGAAGAUGGGACUGGUGGUAGGGUAGAAGGUGGUGAAGCAUCUGCAGAUGUUGUUGAAGAUGAGGUUGUAGUAAACCAGGUAAAUGAGGAUGUAGACGGUGGUGAAGCACCUAUAGAUGGUGGUGAAGAUGAGCUGUUGCAUGACAGAGAGCAACAUUGUAUGUUCCAGGACACUUGUCUUAUGCCGGUUGAUAUUGGUCAGGAAGCCCUGGGCCAAUAUUUUGAUGAUAUUUUGAAUGUGGCACCAGCAGAAGGAAAUAAUCCUGUUCAGUUGCUUAUUGAUCACAAUAACGAAGCAAAAUGCUUCCCGGUGUUGUUUCCUAAGGGGCGGUUUGCAUUCUAUGAAGUAGGCCGUAUCGUUUGACGUUGUCGCGUUAUUUGAAUAACAGGAUCCUGCAUGCUGAUGGGAGGUUUGCCCAUAAUGUAGAGUAUAUCUUUUUUGGUCAGUACAUGUCAGAGAUUCAGCAGGUUGGUUCGAGUGUGUCGAUAGCAUUGCGAAAAGGAAAAGGAGGUAGUGUGUCACGUGAGGUGAAUAGUAAUUUGUUGACAGAUGGGGAGUCUCUGAAGCAGUUGUUGGAGUUUGAAGAUGGGUAUCGGUUCCUAAAACCUAUUAGAGGUACCCCAGCUUUUUGGCAAGGAGCACAGCGUGAACUGCUAGCGUGUGUUCGUCAGCUCGCUGUCCCUGUGUGGUUCUGUUCUUUUUCUUCAGCUGAUUUGCGUUGGACUUAUCUCCUCGAGAGUAUUUUGAAACAGGAAGGUAGAUGUGAGACAGUAGAGGAUUUAGAGUGCGCAGAGAGGUGUGAGCUGUUGCGGCGUAAUCCUGUAACCGCAGCAAGGAUGUUUGAUUUUCGUUGGCAUUGUUUUUUGGGGGAGGUGCUGAUGUCUCCAUCACACCCAAUUGGCAAAAUUAAGGACUACUUUUAUCGGGUGGAAUUCCAGCAGAGGGGUUCACCCCACGUGCAUUGCCUGUUUUGGAUCGAGAAUGCCCCGUUAAUUGGUAAAAACACAGACGAAGAGGUAGUUGAAUUUAUCGACCGAUAUGUAACAUGCGAGUUACCAGCAGAAGAUGAGUCAUUAUUGGACAUUGUCUCAUCUGUGCAGCAGCAUUCAAAGCGACAUUCAAAAUCGUGUAAGAAGAACAACACAACUUGUCGUUUCAAUUUUCCCAUGCCAGCGUCGGCAAAUACAUUCAUAUGACGAAACAGAUUUGAAGAAGAGGAAGAAAAGAGGAAAAGGGGAGAAAAGGCACGUGCGGC